AUGCAGCAUCAAGAACUUCAAUGCAGCAAUUCUGAGCCGAAUUCCAUGCAAACAAUGCCUCGCUCUGGUAGCUUCACCAGAGCUCAAUCUACCUCUACCGAUAAUUUCGAACUUUUGCACCAACAACUUUUAGCUCAGCAGCUUGUCCUCGAUCAAACACUACCUCCAGAAGUUGACGAUCGAGUCCUAAAUCCAUAUCAAACGAGCAAAAUCGCGUCUAUACAUCCACCACAGCUCAUAUAUCCUAGGUCACGGUACCAUGGCUAUAUCCCUUCCAUACCCACAAGCAAGGAGCAUCAGGCAUGUGCGGCUUUAUUGCAUGAGAUCAGAAAUAAAGAUGGGGCUGGGUAUCCAUGGACUCAAGAAGAUUUUGUGGAAUUCGGAUUGACAGAAUUCUCUGUAUACAUCCCUGAUACCCCUCUAUAUGGAUUUGAACUUCGCAGCCUUCAAGACCUUGCAAGUAAAGUCAAGCACUCAUGCCUCUUAUUCGAUGGAAUCCUCAGUGUGGGAAGCUUACGUCGUUAUGUCGAAGGUGUUCCAUUCAAGAUAUGCUCUAUAGGAAACUAUGGUGAAAAGAUUGAUGAUGUUGGUGAUGCUAUAUGGCUUCAGUCCAAUCUAAACACAAAUACAAAUAUUUACUAUCGACUACAAGUUCCCGCACCUGAAUACGCACGUUUCCACCUUGGAUUUUUAUGGUUGGCGAACCUUUCAAAGCAUUUUGUCGAUUACUCUUUGGAAUGUCAGGAUCGAAAGAAAAAGGUGUCAAUCCACAACUUUCGGGCAGACUUUGCACAUUGGGGUUGGAAAGCUCAUACAGGAUCAGCCAAAUUUCAAUCUUGGUAUCUAGAAUAUGGCCGAGAUGAUUUCAGACAAGCCAUCUCAGCAAACAUAAACUUCUUAUUCAAGGAAUCGGUUGGUGUCACAGAAAAGCUUCGCUCGUUGUAUAUUUGGAAGGAAACCUUGGAGAAGUCGGGCAUUAGUCAACAGCCAAUAAAAGAGAACAUGACGAUUGUCACACCAUAUGUCUACGGUUGCUUCAGCCAUUUAAAAUUUGGCCACCUACUCAAAUCUCUAGUGCCAGCUGUGUGUACGGAGGACACACACAAAUCAGAGGAGCAAUCACUAUCACUUUCACCCAGGAACCUGCGAAGCACUCCGGACCCUAAUCCUCCGACUGACUCACAAUAUACAUCUGUCUUGGGAGGUAAAGACAGCCUGAGAGGUGUCAUUAGCCAAGAAGGAGCAUCAAAACGACAACACAUGAUUGAUGCUAUAAAGAUAGGAGAUGUGCUUUCAGUCACCAAGGAUGGACCGAAUGCCAUUUGGAAAGACGAGACCAGCCGGUGGAAAACAGAAGAUCAUUGCUGGUAUUUAUACGUGCAAAUCAAGCAUAGAGGUGCACGCGGCAAAUACUCUUUCGAUGGUAUUUGGCUCUAUAGACCUUCGGACACUAGUUGUGCAAAGAUGAAGUAUCCGUAUCCUAAGGAGUUGUUCCUCAGCGACAACUGUACCUGUGGAUCUCAUGACUCUCGGAUACCUCAGGACGAAGUCAUUGAUAUUAUGCGUGUUGUUUGGCAUGGUCUACCAUCAGUGACGGAUAUGUUCAUUCGUCAGACAUAUCUUGGUAACGAUAAUUUCGUGACAUUGAAAAAUUCCCAUAAAACAGGUGAGCAUCUAAGAGCGCCUGGGGGUGAUUAUCCAUCGUCAUCCACAAUCAUUGAUGGCUUUCCUAUUGGACAGACUAUAAUUGCGUUGCCCCCUCUACGCAAAUCAAGGAACGGUCUGGAGCCUUACGAAAUCGUAAGAUACGAAGAGGAAGGCGCUAAACAAUACGUCACACUAAGAAGACUUGUAAGACGAUUGGAGUUCGACCGAACUGUGGCUUGUCGGCCAAACGAACUUAUAUACACUGCUUUAACAGACAAGAUGCCAGCUAACAAGCUCGAAAGAACAUGUCUUGUACGUUGUUAUACCGAGAAGGAGGUUUUAUGUGGCAAUAUUCCAGCACCUUAUUGUAGAGACGGAAGCUCGAAUGCUUUCAUCAUCACGAAACGACUACGGGAGGAUGAUCAGAAACUAAUACCAAUUGAGGAAGAUAUACCACAAAGCCUCAUUCAAGGUUUUGAUCCCCAAACCCCACUGAAUCGGAGGUUGUUAAACGGCCUCGACCUCUUCUGUGGUGGCGGUAAUUUCGGUCGCGGCUUAGAAGAAUCUGGAGCACUGCAUAAUCAAUGGGCUGUCGAUUUAUUCUCGGCGGCGGUACAAACAUAUUCUGCCAAUUUGAAAGACCCUGACAAAACCGAUAUAUUCUUCGGUUCGGUCAAUGAUUUAUUGGCCCACGCUUUUAAGGGCAACCCUCGAAAACUCAAAAUCCCUCUACCAGGUGAUGUUGAUGUUAUUCUAGCGGGUAGUCCUUGCCAAGGUUUUAGCAGAAUGAACACAAAUAAGGGCAAUGAUCAAGGUCUACGCAAUCAGUCACUCAUCGCAUCUGUCGCUGCCUAUAUUGAUUUUUACCGGCCUAAAUAUGGAUUAUUAGAGAAUGUGUUGAAUAUGGCCCAGAAAGGCUUAGGAAGAGACGAGGAUGUCCUUUCCCAGCUCAUAUGCGCCAUUGUUGGUCUUGGGUAUCAGGUACAGCUUUUCUUACUUGACGCAUGGAGUUUUGGUAGUCCACAAUCACGAAGUCAGAUCUUUGUAUCAUUUGCAGCCUCUGGUUGUGUUCCACUUGAACAUCCCCAACUAUCACAUUCCCACCCCCCUCACGUUGGUGAACGCGGACUUGGGAAAUUAGCAAAUGGCCAAUCCUUUGGUAGCCGAGUGCAUUGUGCUACACCGUUCAAAUUUCGCACCGCUGAAGACUCUGUAACCGACCUUCCUUAUAUUGGAGAUGGAGCCACGUCUCAAUGCACAAAGUAUCCGGAUCAUGUCCUCCCACAAACUUUGUCGAAACUGUAUAGACUUCAAGUUGCGUGCAUCCCCACUCAUCCAAGAGGUAUGAAUUUUUGGAAGACAUGGAAUGACGGCAAUGGUGUAAUGACGAAAGCAGAACGAAAUCUAUUUCCGUUCUUGUCGAAGUCGGGGAAAAUCAGAGAAAGCGUCAUUCAAGGUUCCCAUGCUUGGGGAAGGAUCAAACCUCGUGGGUUAUUUCCAACCAUCCUGGUGACGAUGAAUAUGGAGGAUGGUCGUAUGGGAACGAUUUUACAUUGGGAUCAGCAACGGCGCUUGACAAUGCUGGAGCUUCGCCGUGCACAAAGCUUUCCUGAUAAUGAGGUAAUAAUAGGAAAAAGAUCGGAACAAAUCAAAAUCAUUGGGAAUAGUUUUGAUCGGAGUGUCUCAAUGGCGUUGGGAAUCUCUCUGCGCAAUGCUUGGCUCCAGUGUUCUCCAGAACAUGACAGAAGUAGUACUCUUGUGAAAACUCGAUCAUCUAUUCCUAUGCCGGAGAUAUUGCUAGCAAUUCCGAGUAGUACAGCCUCUACGACUGUUGAAGUUGUUCUGAGUCAGCGUCCAAAAGUUGGACCAUAUGCUAUUGAAGUUCCAAAUGGUGUAUCAAACGGUACUGCAAUUGCUUUGAGCUCCUCGGACUCGGCCGGUUCAAGUAUGUCUGGGUUUGAUGACUCAAGUUCAUCAGAAAGUGUUUCGAAUCUAAGAAGCACUAUAUCUAUGAUACAAAGAAAACGAUAUUUGGCUCACCCAGUCGACGAACCUGCUCGCAAAUCUCCAAGAUUGAGUCCGUCAAUCAAUCUUCCAUCGAAGGCGAGAGAACUAUUUGCAAAAUCAAUAUACAAUCUCGACGCGUUAUCAGGAUUCAGCUCUACAUCACCACCGGCUCCAAGAACUAUUACUAUACAGAGAGUUUUUGAAGCCGUACCAGAUCGCGCUUCUCCUGACUUAUUUACUGCGCCGCUCCCCGCUUCGCCAGUGGUCACUUCUUAUCAAACAAGCGAACCUCAUGAUACGAAUCAUACUAACGAGGUUCCUCCUACCACACGGGAAAAUCCGGUCAUAAUAGAUGAUAGUGAAGCUGACAGCGAGGACACCAUAUGGGUUGAAUCCGGUCCACGCGCCUCUACUCUUCUACACCGAGAAUCUCAAUCCCGCACCCAUACACCAAAAUCUAGCAGCAGCCAUGAAAACCCCUCGUCAAAACAUCCUCGCCCCUCUUUCAUCGAUCUCACAGAACCCGAAAUUGAAGGCCAUGACCAAGCUAUCAGCAAUCCUUCACCUCAACCUCAACCUCAACCUCAGUCUUCCUUGGAAGUCAGAAUUCCAUUUCCUAGCUUAAGUACCCGAAUGGAAAGCAUCGUGCUACCCUCUUCAUCCACAGUAACGCCGAGUAGCCCAAUACUCCGACCAAAUCGACUCGCACCAGCAUCGGGGAAAAAAUAUGUCCCGGUAGAUAAUAGCCAAUUCAAUGCGUAUGCACAGACGAAUCGCACGAUGAAAAAUGCGGAUAAUGGGAGUGCUAGGAGUACGAUUGGAAUGAGGGGGCUACUGGAAAAGUGGAGGUUGGAUGGGUCGGCUGCUGGAGGGAGGGGAUCGGCUGGAAGAAGGGAAUCGGCUGCUGAAGGGAGGGGGUGA